AUGGAGGAGGCGGCGGCGGAGCGCGGCCGGGCCGGCGCUGGGGCGGCGGCGAUGGCGGAGGGCGGCAGCACCGCCGGGGGGGAGGACAACGCCAGCGACAACGACAACGCCAGCGCCCACUGCCGCGCGCGUCCUCAGCGCCGCCGCGUUUCCCCUCCGGAGGGCGGCGGGGCCAAGCCGCUGAGCGCGGCGGAGUACGCGCGACGCGUACAGUGGCUGUGGGACUCGUACUGCGGGUACCUGGGCUGGCAGGGCCCGCCUCCCCUGAUUGCCGCCGCCGCCGCCGCGCAGCCGCCCCCACCCAACGCCAGCGCCGCCGCCUACUACUACAGCCCCUUCUACCUCUUCGCUCCGCCGCCCGCACACGCGGCCCCCGCCGGACGGGGCCCCGCGCCCCGGUGCGGCCGCCCCAGCCUGGCGGGGGCGGCGGGCGCGGUGUCCCUGCCCAGGGCGGGCUCCGGUAGCGCGCGCCGGCACAGCGGAGCGCUGCCCCAGGGACCGGGGCGGCCGGCAGGUCGGGAGUUCCUUAUCCCUUCGUUGGCGCACAGGUUCAUAGCAGAGAUGGUGGAUUUUUUUAUUCUGUUCUUUAUAAAGGCAACCAUCAUUUUAAGUAUUAUGCACCUCAGUGGAAUAAAGGACAUCUCUAAAUUUGCCAUGCAUUACAUCAUAGAGGAAAUAGAUGAAGAUACAUCCAUGGAAGAUUUGCAGAAAAUGAUGAUAGUAGCUCUCAUCUACAGGUUAUUAGUCUGCUUCUAUGAGAUAAUCUGUAUUUGGGGAGCAGGUGGAGCAACCCCAGGGAAAUUCUUGCUUGGACUGCGAGUUGUGACAUGUGACACAUCUGUACUUAUUGCGCCCAGCCGAGUGUUAGUCAUUCCAUCCUCUAAUGUCAGUAUGACAACGUCCACAGUACGAGCUUUGAUCAAGAAUUUUUCUAUUGCAUCAUUUUUUCCUGCAUUUAUUACACUGCUGUUUUUCCAGCACAACAGAACAGCCUAUGAUAUUGUAGCAGGAACUAUUGUGGUCAGAAGAAAUGGAGUCAGAUGAUACCAAAAGAUGAGAUUUCCAGACUGGUUCUGAAGAUCCCCUCCCACCCCCAGAGAAUAAAGACCUACCCCAGAACUGCAAUUGAGGUGUCUAUUGGAAUCUUUUGCCCCAAUUAAAUGGGAAUUGAUUCAGAAGCUAAAGAAAAUGUAUGGCUCCUGUAUGAUGCCAGCAGCUACCUUCAAAAUAUUGGAGUUUUCAUAGAUGCCAAAGAAGUUUGGGAGAGACAAUAUGUAUUAAAUCUGGGAGUAUUAACUUCUGAUUGAUGAGACAGAAAGUGGCUGCUUUAACUGCAGAAAGGAGCUGUUCUGUUCAUCAGUCUGUGGAAAGCCGAUACCUAGAAAUAUUCCACCUUAAAAGAAAUGUUGCUCCUACAGUUUUGGAUGUUGGCAGGUAACUAGAAAAUCAAGUUGUUUUCCAGGCCAUUGCCUGUCAAAGGAUAAAGGAGGAAGAGAACUGCAGUAUUAGACAGCAAGGCAAAUCAUGUUAAUUAAAUUGCCACGUGUGCAGAAAGAGAGAUCAGCAGUGGUUAUCAUGUCUUUUAUAAUUGCUUCACAGAUCAUAUUUCCUCACCUUUUAAGUAUUUUAUCACAAUGUUAAUGUGAAAAGUUUUUUGCAUGACUGUCUCAAGCAUUGUCACUUACUUCAGUUGUCCACGCAAAGGAAGAGGUGAACCAAUAGCUACUUUUUUCCUCCGGGAAGGGUAUGUUACACUGCAGUGUUAGUGAACCGGUGUGUGUAAAUAAUUUUGCAGCCAUGAACAGUACAGAUCAUGCUAAUGAAAGGUAACAUUUUUGCUUCUGUUUGGAGUGAAAGCACUUGUCUAUUUCUUGCAUAUAAUGCAGAGCAAAACAACUGAAUGUGUUCCAGAAGCAUGCAGAAAACAUUAACUGAAAUGUGUUAUGGGUGUAAAUCUGCAGAAGUACAAAUACUGGUUAUUCUCACUUUAUCAUUCUGGCUAAUUGUUUGUAUAUUCAGAAUAACUUAAAUACUGAAUAAAGAAGCCUAAUAUUUUGCAUGACUA